AUGCCCAUCUCCGCCCUCUCGUCAGAGACUGUCCGCCUCCUCGGCUCCUCAGUAGCCAUAUCCACCCCCACCUCACUGGUAAAGGAGCUGAUUGAAAAUGCCGUCGAUGCCGAUGCCACGGCCGUCGAGGUCCUCAUGGCCGCCAACACGGUCGACAGGAUCCAGGUCCGCGACAACGGACACGGCAUCGCCACGCAGGAUUUGGACUCUGUAGCUCGUCGGAGCCACACGAGCAAGCUGCGCAGCAUCGACGAGCUGACGAGGGCCGGUCGCGGCCGCGGCACCCUGGGAUUCCGGGGCGACGCCCUCGCGAGCAUCAACUGUGUUGCCGGUCACCCGUUGACCAUCAUCACGAGGACCAACGGGGAGCCCGUGGCCACACGCAUCAGGGUGAGACCGUCGGUGGGCGGGACGGAGAGCAGGAGGCCCAUCUCAGCGCCCCGGGGGACCACAGUUGUCGUGGAGGAUCUGUUUGGGAGGAUCCCCGUCCGGAGAGGGCAUUCUGUCAAGGGCAGUCGGAAGACGCUAGCUGCCGUGAGAGACCUCAUGGUUGCGUAUGCGCUGGCUAGGCCGCACAUCAGGUUCUCGCUCAAGGUGGUCGGCGAACAUGCGCCCUCGUGGGCAUACGCGCCUGUGUCGUGGGGCUCCAUGCGCGAUGUAGUCUUGAAGACGUUUGGCAACGCGCUGGCGUCGCAGACUGCCUCGGCCGAGUCGACACUACUUCCUCCGUGGGCCGCAGAGCGGGGGACAGGAGAGACGAUCACGAUGGAGUGCCUGUGCCCGCUGGCAGACUGCGACGCAGACGUUGUCAGGGGAAAGGGAUGCUAUAUAUCCGUCGAUGGGAGACCUAUCACUGCCUCCCGGGGGACGGGGAAGAAGAUUGCCUCUGUGUUCAGGACGCGGCUGAGCAGGGCCCGUGGGCAGUCAAGGCCGAUAUCGAACCCGCUCAUGUGCUUGAGCAUCAUGUGUCCAGCUGGGACGUACGAUCCCAACAUCACCCCACUCAAGGAUGAGGUUCUGUUUUCUGAUGAGAAGAGCGUUCUUGACUGCUUCGAGGAGCUGUGCAGUCGGGUGUAUGCCCACCGCAAUGAUGCAGAAGAGAGCCAUGGCCAAGAACAGAAGCCCGGCCAGCGUGAUGAUUGUGGUGUGAGGGACGAUGAACCGCCAGGUCUUCUCUCCGGAGACGGCUCCGCAGAGCCUACUCCGAACGAUGACUCUGACGACGAAUUUCCGGACAGCCUGUCAGAUAUCCCUCAACUUGAUGAGCCUGCCGGACUACAGCAUGCCACCCAUGCACACCGCAGAGAGAAGGGGGCUGACAGGAAGCCCACCGGACCGCAGGCUCCAGCUCAUGCCCCUACUCCCCGCAACGGAGGAGGCAGAAACGCCGACCCCGACGCUGAGUCGACCGUCGAAGAGAACAUGUCUUACCGCUCCGCAGACAUGCGUACAAGGGUAAGGGUCAACAUGGCCCGCAACCUCAGCAGCAGGACCGACGAGGACGGCACCGCCGAUACGAUACCCAUCGCCACCGACGAGACUGCAGCGCCGGAAAGCAAGCGGGCGUGGCGGGGAGGCCUGACUGGUAGUGACCUUGACCGGAAGGCUGGUAUGAACCCGCUCAGUCCCACUCGGGAAUCCGUCCUCAACCAGGGGGUUGACGCCUCUGAAGUCAGAGGUAGCGUAUCGGGCCUAGCGAACAGCAACCGACACAGCCCCUCCGAGAGACCUUCAUCAAGAGCAGGACAGAGGAGGCUCCAGGACAGCCAACGCCACGCCUCUCCAAGCACCUCUCAAGUUCCACGGAGAGCAGGGCGGAGAAGAGGCCGGAACGGCCAAGAUGAACGCAGCGAGUCCGUCUACUCCGGGGAAAGUUCACCUGCCCGAAACCCCAUGGAAAUCGGCCACCUAGGGCUUGACUUCGAAGCUGUCCCCGAGACGCCACGUCCGCUUCCGCUGCAGACGCCUCCCCAGUCAGACCGACGGAGACCGAUGGGGAUACGGGCCCCGUUCACGCCGCCGCUGCCGAGGGCGCACGGUGGGAACGGCCGCACCGAUAUACGAAACGGCACUGGUGACCCCGGAAGGGGUGCUCGCGUGGACUUGGAGCCGACGAAUCGGGUGUCCCUCAAGCCACGGCUUCUCGACUCGGAUACCAAGCCGGGAAUUCGGACGAUUGCAACGGGGCGAUUGAGAAGGAGGAGAGGAACAGGAUCAGAUGGGCUGCUGCCGGACGACGACGACGACGACGUCGAGAUCAGUCCUUACGAUGCGCUGGCGGUGCCGCAGCUGGAUCAUGCCAGACUCGUACAUCCAACUGACGGAGGCAGCGACCAGGCUCGGACCUGGGGAAGCGCCCAGUCAAGCCCCAAGAUGCAAGGUGUGCCUCAAGGUGGCCCGCAGUGGUCCCACGCCUUGCAGACACUGCUGAUGCGAAGCCGACCGCCCAGCCCAGAGCGCGAGCCAAGCAGGGCAUCGGAGCGGGAAAGAUCACACGGCGAGCUGAAAAAGGGGGACGCCGACGAUGGCGGGCUACAGGAGCGAAGGAGUUCAGAAGCCAGCACGGGUGAUUCUGGGGAUCCCAGGCAGUACUAUGUCAGACAUGAGAGAUUGAGGAAGCAGGGGAUGGGCCAGAGGCUGCACUCGAGGAAACUUCCGCUGGAGACGCCGCUCGACGGCGGAGCAGGUACAAGCCUGCUCACGACGACGUUGGACGUAUCGGUGGAUGACGUAGCCAGGAGGAUGACGGAUACGAUUCACGAGGAGGAAGAGACUACGGACGAGAGCGAUGCAAGCCGACCGGGCCCGCUUUCAUUCAGAACGAUGAGAGACGCCUCCCAGGUGGAGAGGCGGUUGAGGGAUGUGAUUGACGGGUGGGCUGCAGAGACGCAGGACGGCCAAGAUGCGCCUACGUAG